UAGGCCCUUGUCGAAAUCCCGUUGUCUGAUACUUUUUUUACAUAGCGCUUUUCCAUGAUCGGAAAUGCAUAAGUCAAAAAAAAAGGCAGUUGAAAUAAAUAAAUUACAUAGCCAUCGCCACGAUUGGAUUGUAACAUUUAAAAAACCUCUUAAAGAACAAACUUUUCUUCAACAGGCAAUAGAUUUUGCUGAAGAACAUGACUUGCAUUUAUUUGGUCAGGUUCUACAUCUGACCAACACUUUUUCAUAUCGACCUCGCCCUUAUUGUGUAAGUUUUCAAGGUAGUCCUUGUUAUCACAGCUUUAACAGCACUGGAUUUUUCGAAUAUGCCAUUUACAAACGCCUUAAAGAAGACAAUCGAACUAUAGAAAUCCAACAGGAAAAAAUAUUAAGCAGAAAAAAACGAUAUAUAGACUCUACUUUUACAAUUUCCGAUCCUUACUAUCCUCGUCAGUGGCACUUGCACAACCACCAUAACGAUACGAACGUUCAAGAGGCCUGGCGACAAGGUUUCUUUGGUGAUGGUGUUGUUGUGACUGUGAUUGACGACGGCUUGGAAUAUACCAAUAUUGACUUAAUUAGAUGUUAUGAUCCUCUUGCUAGCUUUGAUGUUGACGAUCAAGAUUAUGAUCCGUUUCCAAGAUACUCUUCUGAUAAUAUUAACAAGCAUGGCACAAGAUGUGCUGGAGAAAUCGCGGCUGCUCCUAAUUCGUUUUGCGGGGUGGGCUUAGCGUAUAAUGCCAAGUGCGGUGCCAUACGUUUGUUGGACGCUGCUAUUUCCGACUACAUGGAAGCGCAGGCUUUAUCAUAUCAAAAUAACCACACUCACAUAUAUACUUCGAGUUGGGGGCCCAGCGACGAUGGCGCAACUGUAGAUGGCAUGGGGUCUUUAACUUUCCAGGCCUUGGAAAACGCUGUUCUUACUGGUCGAAAUGGUUUAGGAAAUAUAUUUGUUUUUGCUUCUGGGAACGGAGGAAAACAAGAUGACUGUAAUUGCGAUGGUUACGUGAACAGUAUCUAUACUUUGGCGAUCGGCGCAGUGAGUCGAGAUAACAGCUCGCCUCAGUAUGCUGAGACGUGCUCUGCAAUAAUUGCAGCCACGUAUAGUUCGGGUACAAGUGGAGAUUCAUACAUCACAACGAGUGAUUUGCACAAUUCAUGUACUUUUACUCACGGAGGAACCUCUGCAGCAGCUCCGAUUGCCUCCGCCAUUUACGCUCUUGUUCUACAAGCAAAUAUGAAUCUCACGUGGAGAGAUAUCCUUCAUCUUACAGUAGCCACCGCGGAACCAAAAGUCGGGAGGGGUGUUUUUUAUUCGUUAAAUGGUAUCGGGCGAAAUGUCAGCCAUGAAACAGGGUUUGGCAUAUUGAAUGCUGGGCUCAUGGUCUCUGCUGCAAAACUUUGGGAAACCGUUCCUCCUAUGAAAACUUACGUAUCUCCGAUAGUCAAUCCUCCGCAACUUGUAGAAGGUUCUUCGUUAAAUUCCUCUAUUUUCAUUCCUAACUUGCCUGGAGUCGGUAUACAUAAAUUCGUAACCAUUUUAAUGGGGAAUUAUUUGGUCCCUUUAGAAGUCAACUUUCUUGAGUAUGUCCAAGUUAAUACUACUGUUACAUGCAGAAGGAGAAGUAGCAUAAAAAUAAAGCUUAUUUCUCCUAUGAAAACUGUGUCUAUUCUACUCAAGCGCCGGCCAAAGGACUAUUAUUCUUCAAAUUGUCUUAAUAAUUGGACGUUUUCUAGCGUACACUAUUGGGGCGAAAGGCCUACCGGUAAGUGGACUUUGCAGGUAGAAAAAGUUGAGGAGGAUUUGGUGUCCUUAAAAUCCUGGCAACUGAUUCUUCACGGGACAGAAUUUUGUUCAUCUCCUGCCUGCAGGCCCCCUGAAGUCUGUUACCCUCAUAUAACUAAAAGACCAGCAGUUAGUAAUUCAACUACUAUCCCGACCCCGAAAAUUAACCUCUUGGAAGUAGUAAUGCUCGGCUGCCUCGGCUUGGCGGCUGCAGUGUUUGGUUUGGUAUUCAUCGUCGGCUAUGUGAGGCGGAGAUACGCAAGCAAAUAUAGAAGCUUAACUUAUCCAGAUCUCCUCAAUAUUAAUGAAUUUGACGAAAGUUGCAUAUAGGAAUGCAAAGUUAAUU